CAAGUUUUUAUUUUAAUGUUGAAAGCGAAACAGACAACAUGUGUAAAUAUUGCGCGAUAAUAUUAAUCGCUACAGCGAUAAAAAAAAAACGAGAAAAAAGGAAAAGAAGUGUGUGGAGUAAACAAUGGUUUUUAAAAAGAGACAAGUUAGGGCAGCAGAAAAUAUUGAAAGAAUUAGAAUUUUCAGCGGAAAGUGAUUUUAAAAAUUAUGUAAGAAUGAGCAAAGAAACGUUUGAUGAAUUGUUGGCAAAAGUGGCACCACUAAUAAAAAAAAAUUAUACAAUUAUGAGAAAAGCGAUUCCAGUGCAUCAUCGUUUGGCCUUGACGUUGCGGUUUCUGGCAAGUGGCAACAGUUUUGAGGACUUAAAAUUUCUAACAGCCAUUGCACCGCAAACUAUAGGUGGAAUAGUGUUCGAAACUUGUGAAGCCAUAAUUGAAGUCUUGAAAACCAACAUUGCGUUGCCAUCAAGUGAAGAAGAUUGGAAAAAGGAAGCUAAUGCGUUUUACCAACGAUGGAAUUUUCCUAACUGUAUCGGGGCGAUGGAUGGCAAACAUGUUGCUAUUACAAAACCACCUGGAACAGGAUCUUUCUACUUCAAUUAUAAAAAAUUCUUUUCAAUAGUUUUAAUGGCUGUUGUAAAUGCAAAUUACGAGUUUUUAAUGGUAGAUGUUGGCAAAAACGGACGCGCUUCAGAUGCUGGAAUUUUUAGUGAUUCACUUUUUUUUAUGAGUUUGAAGAACAACGAGCUCAAAAUACCGUCUAAAGAAUGUCCUCCAGGUUGCGAUACUGCAUUACCCUAUGUUUUUGUUGCAGAUGACGCGUUCCCUUUAACUGAAAAUGUAAUGAAACCGUUCAGCCCUUCUUCGAUGAUAAAAGAUGAAAUAAUAUUCAAUUACAGACUGUCACGUGCGCGGGGCGUAGUUGAAAAUACAUUUGGAAUUCUUUCAUCAAGAUUCAGAAUUUUGUUAAAAACUAUUAAUUUGUCUCCCGAAAAAACAACAAUCAUAGUCCUCACUUGUUGCCACUUACAUAAUUUUUUAAGAAAAAAAAAUGACCAAGUAUACGCCAACAGUAAUCUUGCAGGUACAACAGAAACAGAAGUCCUAGCACCAGUAAAUCGUACUGUUAUAAGAAAUCAUGCUACUAAUGCAAAAGAUAUAAGAAGCCAAUUUUGUAAAUACUUUAAUUCUGAAGGAUCUGUUUCAUGGCAAAACAGUAUAUAUGAAAAACUCACAAACAAAAAUGUCAAUGAUUCAACCAAUUAAAAAUAAUUUUUAACCAAACACCAGAAUUAUAUAAUAUAAA